GGCGUUCCAGAAACAGACUGAAUUGAAAGAGGACGGGAGAGAAUCCCAGCAUAAACACUGUGAAAUAUUGAACAUAUUCCUACUCUCAUUCAAAGAAAAGGCCUCUCCAAUUUUCCGACGAUAUCAAGGGUGCGGUCGCUUUCAGUGUAGUUGUUUUCGUGGUGCUCCUUGAGCUUCCCUCACAUUUUUCCCCACCGUAUUUGUCACAGAGGGAGGCGGUGGAAAGCACGGCCGCCAUCUUUGGGAUCUGCCUGUAGUACGGGAUUCGACAAUCUGGGCCCCCGUUAGUCCAAGGCAAGGGUGGAGAUUUUUUGCCAACUCUACACAGCCAAUCUAAAUCAACAAAUCGGUUGACAACUUUGAAAAACAUCAGAAAUCAGUGUAAGGAAAAUAUAAUAGAGGAAAAAACACACGUCCAGUCCUCUUCCUGUCCACAAUUGGUUCAACCACACGACAUUCUCUGCUCGGCUCAAACCAGCCAGGCCCGUCGGAAGGGUGUGUACACGUAUGAGGCCACUGUCCUGCAGAUGAACCGUCGGUGGGGGCUGUCACGUCGCUGUCGCAUAUCCAGAUAAUCCCUGGCCGCGGCGGUGGCGGCACUGGCACGUCCCCCCCUCAGCAUGCCCAACACUAGUCGGGCGGGGAGCCUGAAAGACCCCGAUGUUGCUGAGCUCUUCUUCAAGGAGGACCCUGAGAAACUGUUCUCAGACCUGAGAGAGAUCGGACAUGGCAGCUUCGGUGCAGUCUACUUUGCACGAGAUGUGCGGACCACUGAGGUGGUGGCCAUCAAGAAGAUGUCGUACAGUGGAAAACAAUCCAACGAGAAAUGGCAAGACAUAAUCAAGGAGGUGAAGUUUCUGCAGAGAAUACAGCACCCAAACAGCAUAGAGUAUAAGGGAUGCUAUCUGCGAGAGCACACUGCCUGGCUGGUGAUGGAAUACUGUCUAGGCUCUGCCUCUGAUGUCCUGGAAGUUCACAAGAAACCUCUACAAGAAAUGGAAAUAGCAGCGAUUACCCACGGUGCUCUACAGGGGUUGGCUUACCUUCAUUCCCACAACAUGAUUCACCGAGAUAUUAAGGCAGGGAACGUCUUGCUGACAGAGCCUGGCCAGGUGAAACUUGCAGAUUUUGGUUCUGCCUCCAUUGUCUCUCCAGCCAACUCUUUUGUGGGGACGCCAUAUUGGAUGGCCCCAGAGGUAAUCCUGGCUAUGGACGAGGGUCAAUAUGAUGGGAAGAUUGACAUCUGGUCUUUGGGGAUAACUUGCAUUGAAUUAGCUGAGAGAAAACCUCCACUGUUCAAUAUGAAUGCGAUGAGUGCCUUGUAUCACAUAGCGCAGAAUGAAAGCCCCACACUGCAGUCAAGUGAAUGGACGGAUUACUUCCGAAACUUUGUAGAUUCUUGCCUUCAGAAAUUCCCCCAAGACAGGCCCAACUCUGAGGAACUUUUAAAUCAUGCGUUUGUGCAGCGGGAGCGGCCCGACUCUGUCCUGAUGGACCUGAUCCUGAGGACCAAGGUUGCGGUGCGGGAGUUGGACAACCUGCAGUACCGCAAGAUGAAGAAGAUCCUCUUCCAGGAGGCUCACAACGGCCCUGCAGCCGAGGCACAGGACGGAGACGAGGAGGAACCGGAGAACAGUGGCAGGACAGGCACAGUGAGCAGCGUUGGCAGUAACCAGUCUAUCCCCAGUAUGUCGAUCAGCGCCAGCUCCCAGAGCAGCUCUGUCAACAGCUUGACCGACGCCGGAGAUGACAAGAGUGAACUGGACAUGAUGGAGGGAGACCACACGGUCAUGUCCAACAGCUCCGUCAUUCACCUCAAACCGGAGGAGGAGACGACUUAUCGCGAAGAGUCGGAACCUAACAGCCGGCCGCCCACUGAGCCCCAGUCUCCCCCUGCACACACUCCACGGCCAAAACACCACCGCAAUCGCGAGCACUUUGCCACAAUACGCACAGCCUCCCUGGUGACCCGUCAGAUGAAGGAGCACGAGCAGGACAGUGAGCUGAGAGAGCAGAUGUCAGGCUAUAAGAGGAUGAGGAGGCAGCACCAGAAGCACCUGAUGGCCCUGGAGAACAAGCUGAAGGCUGAGAUGGACGAACACCGGCUCCGUCUGGACAAAGAGCUGGAGAACCAGAGGAACAGCUUUGCCCAGGAGAUGGAGAAACUCAUUAAGAAGCACCAGGCCGCCAUGGAGAAAGAUGCGAAGACCUUUUCCAAUGAUGAGAAGAAGUUCCAGCAGCACAUCCAGAGCCAACAGAAGAAAGAGCUCAACAGCUUCCUAGAGUCCCAGAAACGAGAGUACAAACUCCGCAAGGAGCAGCUCAAAGAGGAGUUGAAUGAGAACCAGUCGACCCCUAAGAAGGAGAAGCAGGAGUGGCUCUCCAAGCAGAAGGAGAACUUCCAGCACUUCCAGGCUGAGGAGGAGGCCAACCUGCUGAGGAGACAGAGACAAUACCUAGAGCUGGAGUGUCGACGCUUCAAGAGGAGGAUCCUCAUCGCUCGCCACAACGUGGAGCAGGACCUAGUGAGAGAGGAGCUGAAUAAGCGUCAGACGCAGAAGGACCUGGAGCAUGCCAUGCUGCUGCGGCACCAUGAGUCCAUGCAGGAGCUGGAGUUCCGCCAGGUCAACACCAUCCAGAAGAUGAGGGCUGAGCUGAUUCGCCUGCAGCACCAGACAGAACUCACCAACCAGCAGGAAUACAACAAGAGGAGGGAGAGAGAGCUCCGACGCAAACACGUCAUGGAGGUCCGACAACAGCCCAAGAGCCUCAAGUCCAAAGAGCUCCAGAUUAAGAAACAGUUCCAAGACACAUGUAAGAUCCAGACCAGACAGUACAAGGCCUUGAGAAACCACCUACUGGAGAGCACACCAAAGUCUGACCACAAGGCUGUCCUGAAGCGUCUAAAGGAGGAGCAGACCCGCAAGCUGGCCAUCCUGGCUGAGCAGUACGACCACUCUAUCAACGAGAUGCUCUCCACACAGGCUCUGCGUCUGGAUGAGGCUCAGGAGGCUCAGUGCCAGGUGCUGAGGAUGCAGCUGCAGCAGGAGCUGGAGCUACUCAACGCCUACCAGAGCAAGAUCAAGAUGCAGACGGAUGCCCAGCACGACCGUGAGCGGAAGGACCUUGAGCAGAGAGUGUCGCUCCGGAGGGCCCUACUGGAGCAGAAGAUUGAGGAGGAGAUGCUGGCCCUUCAGAACGAGCGUUCGGAGAGGAUCCGUAGCCUGCUGGAGCGCCAGGCCAGGGAGAUCGAAGCGUUCGACUCAGAGAGCAUGCGUCUAGGCUUCAACAACAUGGUGCUGUCCAACCUCUCCCCAGAGGCCUUUAGCCACAGCUUCCCAGGGGCCCCAGGCAGCUGGGCCCACCCCCAGACACAGCACCAUUCUGGGGGCUCUCAAGGGCCACACUGGGGCAGUGGAGGGUCAGGGCACCAAGGCAGCCAUCACCAACACCACUAUCACUCUGGUCAAGGAGGGUCCCCCAUGCAGCAAGCCUGGAGCCAAGGCAUGCAGGGGGGCGGGGGUCCUCAGCCGUGGGGCCACCCCUCGGCAGUGCCCCUGGGGGCCAGAGGCAGUGGAGGAGUGCAGAACAGCCCCCAGGCACUGAGCAGGACAGCCUCAGGGGGGCGCAGUGAGCAGGCUAUGAGCAGGAGCACCAGCGUCAACUCUCAGAUAUCCAACGGGUCGCACCUGUCCUACACAUAGACUCCCAGUCCCAGAGUCAGAGUAGGAUGCUGCCAAGUCCACAGAGCAGAGUGGGACAGUAUGGGCUGAGCUCUACUACACCUCCACCUCUCUUUCACACAUUUCUCAUCCCCUCUCUCCUAUUCCUCUCCUGUCCUGUGUACAGAUGUGAAUGCGUGUGGAAAUAAAUGUUGCUCAGGUCAAAAGGGCUGAAAGAGGCACACCCCCUCUACACAUCAGUUUAUUAGCACACAUACAGAUCAGUUCUUCUGUUUCUAUAGAAACCAUUCAGUGUCAACACUAAGAAAUAAUUUUCAUGUACAUUUAUGUGUUAUCCAUAGCCACUGCUCUCCUUUUGCACCACUGAGACCACUGUCAAAAAGUCUUUUGCCAUCUGCCAACUGCUUUUAAUUUAAAAGUUGUUUAGUAUCUACCAAUCACAGCAAACUAAGACAGCCCAGGAAAUGCCCCUGCUCCAAAUUUGAUAAUAUAUUGGCCCAUCUAUCUAUCCAGUUACUUUAUUAUUAUUUAUUUGUUUACUCUCCUUAUGCUAGCCUGCUUUUAUGGUCAUUUUAAAUCGCAGGGAUUGUUUCUUUUUCCAAAUCUGAAGAAAGUUUUGCGUUCUAAAAUGUUUUAACAGGGAGAGGUUUAAUAAACUGCUCAGAUACCGUAUAGAGCUGCUUGACAAUACCUGAAACAAAUGAAAGUUGGUUUGACAUUAUCUUUUAGGUUUGAGAUUGUGAGGAACACUGGGACACAAUGUUGUUGGCUUGUAUUUUGGCCAGCUUCCAUGAAACUCGCUUUUGUUGUUGUAGCCAAGCCUACUUUUAAGCCAGGCAGUUGUUAUUAAACAUCUCACAAAUUUAUUUACUAUCAAUCCCUGUUGUAGGAAUGUGGUGAAAUUUUGUGAAUAGGAUUUUCUUAAACGUUUUUACAUACAAGAAUCUGAGGGUUUUGUAGAAUUAGAUCAAUUAUAUUUUGGCUGUUAUUAUUUCUCCUUUUUUUUAUUAAGAAAGAAAGAUAAUAGUUUUUUUGUAAUUGCAGCUGGUAAGAGCAAGAGAAGUUUGUGUUUUUAGCAAUGUCAUAUCAUCGAGGUAGGAUUUUUGUUGUGAAUUUCACAGUUAGACUUGCAGUUUGAAAGAUUUAAAUGUUUACAUUUAAUAUAUUGAAGAAGCAGUAACAGACAGUGAACCUUUUUAUAUCAAUGAGCAUUUUGCCAACAUUUAGUGAUCUGCAUUUUAUUUUAUGCCUCCCUGUGGGAGUUUAAGCUGCUAAUUUAUCCAUUUGCCAAUAAGAACACUAAAGCAGAAUAUGAAUGUUUUUAGAUGCUACUCUUUGUAUUUGUCUGUUUCGAAUGCAAAGCUAGGGGUCCAGGCUAACCAUAGCUUCAACUAUGGCCACAUUCAGCUGUUCUGUACUACUGUAGUGUGUGGCAUUGGCCACUAGGUUGCAGUCUUCAACCGCUCCUUAGGCCAUAAUAGCCCACCUACAGUAGAUCCAAAUCUUCACUGUUGUUUAGGGUUUCCAAGUGGGUCGGUGUCUCUCAUAGCAUUACUACAUCAGCCAAAACCAGAGGGACAUGGCAGAUCCAUAAUAAACUAUAGGCUUAGCUAACAGCUAAAAGUGUAUAUGUAUGUUAAUACUCAGUAAGAUGGUGCCUUUGUAUGCCCUGAUACUGAUCAUUUAUUCUCAGUGUAAAACUGGCAUAUUUUUUUAUGUUUUAGUUCAGCUCAGAUUGAUUAAAUAGUUAACCAAGUUUGUAUUACAUUUCGCAUCAUUCAAUGAAAAUGAUGUAAUUCAGGAAGAGAGGAUCCUAACAUCUAUCCUCAUGUACCUCUGAAAAUGAUGUCCAUAUCAGGAGUUUUGUGAAGUGAUCAAUUGAACAGAAGUUCUAAAGGUGAUAAUAUCAUGCAUACAGGUACUUGAGGGCUGGUUCUGGGUGUCUGCUGUGCGGAGGAUGACAGAUUGUGAGUUCCAUCUUAGUUGGCUGAAUGAUCGAGGAGGGGAUCAGUAUAAUUAAUGAUGGGCUACAUGAUUGUCUGAUACAAGAGCCAAGACUCUGUAAUACCUUUAAUAAGAACCCUGAUAUUUAUCAGAUGAUUUUAUUUUAGUGCCUUUAAAUACUGCUGCCUUGUCAAAGCACUUUAUACAGUACAUACAAUGUAUACAGUAAAACACAUGGUAGUUUGACUUUAUUUUAGGCACAGCAACAUGAGGGAUGAAUAUUGUGUGUCUGUAUUAUGUGGUUGAUGUGGGGAAGUUGAAAAGUUUAGCUAAUAGUUUACCUUAAAGUCAGAUACGUAGUGAGGAUUUGGAUACUUGGGGUUAAUUACAAGUGAGUUAGCAGAGUCAUACCAGUAUGUAGACCUAUUUCUAUGGCUCUAUGGAGGAUUCAUGUUGGACAAGAAUGAACCAGAUUAUGGUGUAUGGUGACAGGGAUAGUUAAAGGACUUUAAUUGUAUGCUUGGUUAAAAAACACCUUUUGCACUAAAUGUUGCAGGCCAGGUUUAACAUGAAGUAAGUGGGCACAGUAGAGCAUAGCUUCCAUAAGUAGGACAAAUAUAUAUGAUUUCAGAAUGUGUUUGAAAGGGAAAGAUUUAAUCUCAAUGUAAUGGCUGUUUUUGACCAUGACAGCAGGCUUGGCAAGGAGUACAUGUUGUGGGAGCUGGUUAAUGUAAUGCAGUCAGUGUUUAAAAUGAUAAUGGUCCACAACUUGAGCAACACAAAAACUCAUCACCCUAAAAGUAACAGUGGCAGGUAAAUGAAGCGCAUAUGCUUGUUAGUUACUGGUGUUCUGCAUGUAAAUAUAACACUCGCACUAAAUGAUCAUUCUACACUUAUGUUGGUGAGUGGUUAAAAAGUGGUUAAAGCUGGAAUCCUUAAUGGUAAAACUGCCACGUCCAUUUGGGAUGUUACAACAACCGAAGUUACUGCAAACAACGAACACUGUUUUUUUUUUACCACACUGCUCAACGCACCUCUGUUUCGUCCACAAAUUAAUAACCAAGGUGCUGGGGCGGACAGUGGCACUGUUUCCCCUAAUGCGGAUUCCAUCUUUUAAAGGUGGCAAAGCACUUAUGUACUUAUUUCCUUGGACACCCACAGUGGGUUCUAUAUGUGAGCUCGUUCUCUCACCCAUGAAACUGCUUCUUUCAUGGGUGAGUUUAUGCCAUUGUGGUUCCCCUCUUUAUUUUCUCACCCUCCAUUCCCUCAAUCACCAAGUCUGCAUUUACUAUGAGGGUAACUAUCUCUGUAUGGAAAUCUAAAACACUUUAAAAACAUAUAUAUUGAGAAGGCCACAAGGCUUUAAAAGACCUAAUUUUGCAGAUAUCUUAGGAAAUUAAAGUGGGGUGAAAUGUUCAUAUUGUGUAUAUCAACCAUUUAAGAGAUUAAACGUUUUAACUAAACUUGCUUUGUGACGAAGAACAUUUCCAAAAAAAAAUCUGUAAGACUAACAUUAUUUAACUUGACAGACACUAACCAAAUAUUAAACAACGUUGAGAUUGGUAUGAGGGUCUGUAAAAGUAACUGAUGAAAAGUGAGCUUGGUUGUGUGUACACUGACUCUUACUGCUUCCUGUGCAUGCAUAGCCUACACUCAUUUUCCUUUACUGUCACACACUUUGUUAGUCAUUGCACCCUUCAUGACACCUGUCAUUGCAGUAAGUCUGUACUUCCUGUGUUUCCUUUUACUCCACCCUCUCUACAUUCACAUCCACCAGAUUAGUACCUAUUCUGAUGUUUGUUCUUGUUGAAUGUGAUGCUACAAUUGUGCGGCAAAAACUUGUUUGAUUUUACGGGCACAAAGAGAUGCAGGAGAAGUUUGUUUUAAAUGGUUGCAGACUCUAAUCCCCCAAUACAAUUCUCCAAUAUCUGCCUCAGAAUCAUAUCCAACUGUCCUUUCCAAAAAGCAGGCAUGGUUUCAUUAUGUUACAGUACAUAGGGCUGUGAGUGUGUCCCAAUACUCUCCAAAACCUUCCACCUCAUGUUUCCUUUCAUUUGUAACCACAGAGAGUUGAAACACCUCAAUAGGUUAAUUUACCACUAUAAUGCUUAUACCGACCAAGUCUUCUAUGAUCAGUGGUCAGGGGAAAAAAAGGUAUUUCUGAUUAUUGGGACCUAGCCCAUGUUCAGGUCAACAGCUUCUUAAGUCAAUGGUUAAUUCACAUGUCAGGCCAAUGAAAGGUCCUUGUUAUCCAUGGUCCUUGGGAUGGCCCUACCCCAUUGGAGUUGACAUUUUCAAAUACUUAGGGUUCAGGGUAGGGAUGUCCUAAGGAUCCUGGAUAGCACUAACCGCCAAUGAAACCUCAUCUCAUUUGAGAUCGAUUGCCAACCCAUCACACCUUUUUGUUCAUGUUUUUUAAAUAUUUUUUUUUGUGAGGGAGACUACUUAGAUAUUUUUUAGUCAUAAUUGUUUUAAUGAUGUACCAAGGCUUCUCCACCAACCUGGAUAAUGUUUUAAUUAUAAUUUAGCAUUGAUGGUGUCAGCUAAAGAAAAAUGGAGGUCCUCCCUCUGGUCAAACACUGUGCCAUCCCAGAGCUGCCAAGCCCAGACACCACUGCAUUGUUUUAUCUCCAGAGUUCCCUUUGGCUUGGCCUGAUGGCAUGACAUUUUAAAAAUAGCAUGAUGUGAGCUAUUUGGUUCUGGUCAGAUGGUCAAUGUAGAGGCUUGAAAAGAUUGAGUGGUGAUAGGCUACUUAUGAAAACAGAGGAUCCAUUUCUAUGAGGAUGUCAGUAUUCUUCCUUGGCACAGCAUUACCACUACAAUUCAUAUAUAACCUGUAUUAAAAUGUAUAAAUUGUGAAACAUGUUAUUGAAUGUCUGAAAGAUUAUGAAGAUUAUACAUACAUUUUCACCAAAACAAUAUACAAAAAAGUUAAUUGAAAUGUGUAAAAAGAUUCAUGAAACAGAAGAAUAAAACUAGGAUCAAAUCUACUAUUUUGUUUGUAUUAUAAUGACUAUUGUGCUGGCAGAGGGAUAUUGAACAGAAAUCAGCUGUAAUAAAGUAAUUUUAGUAUAUAA